AUGACUUCAAUUGGUACAGGAUACGAUCUUUCGAACAGUGUUUUCUCGCCAGAUGGCCGGAAUUUUCAAGUAGAGUAUGCAGUUAAAGCUGCUGAGAACGGAGCCACAUGUGUGGGCAUCAAAUACAAAGACGGUAUAGUAUUUGCCGUGGAGAAACUGAUUACCUCCAAGCUGCUAGUUCCAGGGAAAAACCGGAAGAUUCAAACUAUAGAUCGCCACAUUGGGUGUGCUUACUCGGGUCUGAUGCCUGACGGCAGACACUUGGUCAAUAGAGGUCGCGAAGAAGCUCAAAGUUUCAAAAAAACGUACGCAACUCCAAUCCCAUUGCCUGCUCUAGCAGACAGAUUGGGACAGUAUGUGCAGGCCCACACUCUUUAUAAUAGUGUUAGACCUUUCGGCAUCACUGCCAUCAUUGGAGGAGUCGAUGAUGAAGGUGCUCAUCUUUAUAUGCUGGAGCCAAGCGGCACGUACUGGGGAUACAAAGGUGCAGCCACAGGCAAGGGCAGACAAUCAGCCAAAGCAGAGCUAGAAAAGAUACUGAGCUCCAAACCAGAUCUCGAGGCCAGAGAAGCUGUGAAAGAAGCUGCUAGAAUAGUCUACAUGGCACACGACGACAACAAAGAAAAAGAUUUUGAACUAGAGAUGAGCUGGUGUUCAAUAUCAGAAACCAACGGUCUACAUAAACCAGUACCAAAAGAACUUCUAGAUGAGGCGAUUGCUUUUGCCAAAGCAGAGAAUGGUGACAAUUCCGAUAGCGAUGAUUCGAGUGACGACAGUGACAACGAAAACGAUAACAAAAAGAAAGAUGCUGAAGGGGACGUAAAACUAGAAUAA